UGACCAUGUCCUCUAGUUUCUAUUUCCUACUUCUCAGCAAAUUUCGAAGUAUCAUCUAGAGAAAAGCAAUGAGAAAAGAAAUCCUAUCAACUAACUUACUUGCAUUCUUUGCUCUGUUGAUCUUUUCAUUCACUGGUGAAAUUGAAACACGAUCACUUCAGCAAAUUUGUUCUUCUUCGUGUGGGAGUAUCCGAAACAUCAGCUACCCUUUUCGUUUAAAGGGUGAUCCACCAAGCUGUGGCGAUUCAGAUUACGAACUUGCAUGCGAGAACAACGUAACAAUCUUGGAAUUUCAUUCAGGGAAGUAUUAUGUGAAGCAAAUUUCAUACGAAAUGCGGACAAUUCGAGUUGUUGAUGUUAAUUUUUCCAAUGGAACAUGUAAUUUGCCCUACAAAUCUGUGUCAUUUGAAGAAGUAGAAGGUGACAUUCGUUACCAAGGAAGAUUUCUACAGACGUAUGCGAGUUUCAUGAACUGCUCUACAAUUAUCAGUGACCCAGCUUACAGAAGACUUCCUUGUUUGGGUGGAAAUGGAAACACAACACAUUUUUACGUUAUCUACAAUAGCUUCAGACUCUCCGAUCUUCCUUCUGUUUGCGAUUUUGUCUCAACGACUCCUCUAGCUUUUUCAAAUGUGAGACACCCUUCUUAUGAGGCUAUUUUGAGUUUACUGGAAUCCGGGUUUGUUUUGGAAUGGUCAGUUGAGUGCCGAGAUUGCCUGUUGUCCAAUUCUACAUGCGCAAUAAGUACAUAUGAGUUACCAUUCAAUUACCAUUGCUCUAAAUCUGAUAGUGUCGUCCUCAUAGUGACUCAAGUUUUCUUCUCCUUUGCUGUUAGCAUUUUAAUUGUUUUUGGCCUUAUAGCUAGAUUUAUUAUUGCUCCAAUAGUCAUAUUUGUGUUCCUAAUCCAUAAAUUUCAAAAAGAACGAAAGGUAGUUGAUAAUGUAGAGAAAAUUUUACGCAAUCACCAGUCCUUAAUGCCCAAAAGGUACUCUUACACUGAAGUCAUUGCAAUGACAAACCACUUCAGAGACAAAUUGGGGCAAGGUGGCUUUGGGUCAGUGUAUAGGGGGCAACUCCCAGGUGGUUUCUUAAUAGCUGUUAAAAUGCUUGAGAACACCAAGUUUAGCGCAGACGAAUUCAUCAAUGAAGUUUCAACAAUCGGUAGAAUUCACCAUGUCAAUGUGGUGGAGUUACUGGGGUUUUGUUCUGAGGGGUCUAAACGAGCUCUUGUUUUUGAAUACAUGCCUAAUGGAUCGCUUGACAGACAUAUUUACUCGAAGAAAGGAAAGGGUCAGUCAUUUAGUUGGGAAAAACUCUUUGAAAUUGCUCUAGGAACAGCUCGAGGCAUUGAAUAUCUGCAUAAUGGAUGUGAUGUAUGUAUUCUUCAUUUCGACAUCAAGCCUGGCAACAUCCUUUUAGACCAUAGUUUCACCCCAAAAGUUGCUGAUUUUGGCCUUGCGAAAUUUUACCCGAAGGAGUUUGAUUUUGUGUCGGUUAGCUGUACCAGAGGAACAAUAGGUUACAUAGCUCCUGAGUUGGUUUCAAGGAACUUUGGUUCAGUUUCCAGUAAAUCAGAUGUAUAUAGUUUUGGGAUGUUAUUGUUGGAAAUAGCUGGAGGGAGGAAGAAUGUUGAUGCAAAGGCAGAAAGAUCAAGCCAAGUUUACUUCCCAUCUUGGGUUUAUGACAAUCUAGAUGGAGGAGGAGGUUUAGAACUUGAGAAUGUAACUGAAAUUGAAAUUGAGACUGCUAGAAAGUUGUGUGUAGUUGGGCUAUGGUGCAUCCAAAUGAAGCCUUCUGAUCGGCCUUCAAUGAUUAAAGUGGUGGAAAUGUUAGAAGCGAACAUCGAUGAUUUGAAGAUGCCUCCUAGGCCCUUCUCAUCUUCCCCUCAGCAUGUGGCGUUAAAAGAGCAGUCUGAUUCUUCAACAGAGAUCAUAUCUGAAUCCAUGGAGGAACGCUUGUAUUAUGGUGCUAGCAGUUCUCACCAAUCUAAUGUGUAAUUGACUGUAAUAUGUCUUUCCUUUUUUUUUUUCUCCUGGUGUUUGUCUUUGUGAAUUUCAUAUUGUAUAAACUGUAAUGAAGCUUGCAAGCUUAUGGCCACCUAUAGGAUUAUUAAAUCCCUUUAAGGAUAUUCAAUGAGAGGACUAGCUGAACCAGUAUGACUUGAAGGCAGUAAUUUUGUAUUCUCUUUGAUAUAUAUGACAGUAUUUUUUAUGAACAUAUUAUAUAUACUCGCAAGGUUUUGGC